CCCCGCCCCCUCGGGUGACGCGCUCAGUGUGUAAACCCAGCGCCACACGCGGGUCGGCUCAGUAUGCGGGACUCGGGAGGAGUCGCCGGCUGACAGGGCAGUCUCCGUCGCUCGCUACUUACCGCACCCGGCCGCGCCAGCCAUGGCCAUCGCUCACAUCGCCACCGAGUAUGUGUUCUCCGACUUCCUGCUCAAGGACCCGCCCGAGUCCAAGUACAAGGGGCUGCGGCUGGAGCUGGCCGUGGAUAAGAUCGUGUCCUGCAUCGCGGUGGGGCUGCCCCUGCUCCUCAUAUCACUGGCCUUCGCCCAGGAGAUCACCAUGGGCGCUCAGAUAAGCUGCUUUGCUCCAACGUCCUUUUCAUGGCGCCAGGCUGCUUACGUGGACUCUUUCUGCUGGGCAGCUGUCCAGCAAAAACACUUAUCACACAGUGACUCAGGGAAUAUCCCCCUAUGGCUUCAUAAGUUUUUCCCGUACAUUCUCCUCCUUGUGGCCAUCCUGCUAUAUCUCCCAACGUUGUUCUGGCGUUUCACGGCUGCCCCCCACCUCUGCUCAGACCUGAAAUUCAUCAUGGAAGAGCUCGAUAAAUCCUACAACCGAGCCAUCAAAGCCGCCAACAGCUUCUACAGUGCCGACAAAAGAGAUGGUCUUAGUACCCCUGCCAUCAAUGAUAACCUGGCACAGAGUGCGUGGGAGAUCUCUGAAAGUCACUUUAAGUACCCGUUUGUGGAGCAAUAUCUCAAAACAAAGAAGAACUCUCUCAAUCUAAUCGUAAAAUACCUCAUCUGCCGCUCCCUUACCUUCAUCAUCAUACUGCUGGCUUGCAUCUACCUGGGCUAUUACAUCAGUCUUUUCUCUCUGACGGACGAAUUCACUUGCAACAUCCGAACUGGAAUUCUUAAAAACGACACUACCCUUCCUUCUCUGAUCCAGUGUAAACUCAUUGCAGUUGGAGUUUUUCAGCUUCUGAGUUACAUUAAUCUGAUUGUCUAUGUGGUGAUGAUGCCAUUUGUAGCCUACACGAUGUUCGUCCCUUUUAGGAAAAGAGCGGACGUCCUCAAAGUUUACGAGAUUUUGCCAACCUUCAGUGUUCAACAGGCAACCUCAAAGCACUACGAUGAUCUUAGCCUCUUCCUGCUGUUUCUUGACGAGAACAUUAGCGAGCUGAAGUCUUACAAAUGCCUCAAGGUGCUAGAAAACAUUAAAGGCAGCGGGGAGGUAUUUGACACAAUGCAACUCCUAACCACCCUGGGUACUGUGAAGACUGACACAGUAGAUGGGAAAGUAUCUGCCUUUAAGACUGGAACGGUACCCUCUGCAGAAACUGAAAAAAAUUCUCUUGAGCUAAAAGCAGAUCAGUCCACAAGUAACACUUUGAACACCUCAGAAGAAAAGAAAGUUCGACAGAGGCUGCUGGAUUCCUCAUGCUGAGCGUGGCAAGCUCUGCGGAAUUGGGCAAUACAAGUGCCACAACUUGAUCUUUGGCUUCCUGCUGUCAUGCAAUAUUUAUUGGGAAUUAAUGCAUCCACGCCUGACGCCUAGCGUGCUCGCUAAUAUGGGGAUUCUGACCUGUGAUGGGAGAAGGUUUUCCAAUCUUAUACAGGUGGUCAGCGAGCUUGGGGUCCGCCUCAAGUUUUAGGAGCUGCCCACCUUCAUUUGUAAAGAUGUUUACAAAAGCCAUAUGUCGAUCCAGUAUAUAAAAAGAAAUUUAACCUGAACUUUACACUGGAUUUUAACGGAUGGAUGCGGUACAGUUUCCAAAUGUUGGCACUAAUGACGAUUUCCAUGUUAUGAACAC